CUGAGAUCUGGUAACGCCUCGCCUCGUCAGCAUCUCUAUAAACGUAGAAUUCAGUUGCUGGCCCCGUUGCUCCUCCACCUGGGCUUCUCUCACCAACACCCGCGAUGUCAUCCUCCUCGCCGCCGCCGCCGCACGUCGUCGAGGACAUGCCCCAUGUCCUCCAGCUUCUCAGCGACGGCACGGUGGUCCGCUUCGCCGACUACGACACGCUCCCUCCCCCGUCCGUGCCUCCCGCGCCGCUGCCCGUCCGGUGGAAGGACGUCGUGUACGACGCCACCCACGGCCUCAAGCUCCGCGUGUACAGUCCCAGUCCGCCGGCCUCCUGCGGCAAGCUGCCCGUGCUGGUCUACUUCCACGGCGGCGGGUACGUCCUCGGCACCUUCGCGCUGCCCAGCUUCCACGCCUGCUGCCUCCGCCUGGCCGGCGAGCUCCCGGCCGUCGUGCUUUCCGCCGACUACCGCCUCGCGCCGGAGCACCGCCUCCCCGCAGCCCUCGACGACGCGGCGGCCGUCAUGCGCUGGGUGCGCGCCCAGGCCGUCGCGGCGGGGGGAGGGGACCCCUGGCUCGCCGACUCGGCUGACCCGGGCCGGGUGUUCGUCGCCGGCGACUCAGCGGGCGGGAACAUCGUCCACCACGUCGCCGUCCGCCGCCUCGGCUCGGCGGCCUCGGGCGAGCUCGACCCGGUACGCGUCGCCGGGCACGUCAUGCUCUGCCCGUUCUUCGGCGGGGCCGAGAGGACGGCGUCCGAGUCGGAGUUCCCGCCCGGCCCGUUCCUGACGCUGCCGUGGUACGACCAGGCUUGGCGGCUGGCGCUGCCGCCGGGCGCCACGAGGGACCACCCGUUCGCGAACCCGUUCGGGCCGGAGAGCCCCGCGCUGCUGGGCCUGCGCGACGUCGCGCUCCCGCCGACGCUCGUCGUGGCCGCGGGGCAGGACCUGCUGCGCGACCGCCAGGCGGACUACGUCGCGCGGCUCAAGGCGAUGGGACAGCACGUGGAGCAUGUCGAGUUCGAGGGUCAGCACCACGGGUUCUUCACCGUGGAGCCGGCCAGCGACGCCAGCAGCGAGUUGGUCCGGCUCGUCAAGCGCUUCGUGUAUGGCGACGGCGACGGCAACUCCAUCUAAACUGGACUCAUGAGCCAUCAUGAUCAUGACCUUUGUUGUUAGCUUAGCACGAGUACUCGCGUGACACGAACAGAGCUGAAGUUGGCCUAACCUGCCACGCGCACCAAGCUGGAUGUUCGAUCAGCGACAAGCCAUGUUAGGUACGGCGCCACCAUCAGUCCACCAGCACUGUUCGAAUCUGACAUCAGUUGGCUUAGGCCUAUGUUUCCUCCAGCUUUUUAUCAGUUCAGAUAUGAACAGCUAGGAAAGUUUU